GUUUCACGCCGGUGCGAGCACCGGGAUGGAGGCAGCCGGCCUCUCCCCGGGGCUGCCGGCCAGAUCCAGAGGCAUCGCUGCAUCCCUGACCCCCACCACGGCUGCGUUUACCCACCCGCCGUAACGCCAGGGGCUGCCAACAGCAUCUGCGGCACCCGAGCCCCGCGUCACCCCAGCUGGUGGCACCACCCCAGCGCUCGCGUUUGGAAGCUUUUCUUGGCGUCGCUUUGGCCUAGAAACAAUAUCUCCGAGAAAAAUCAAAGCCUGCAUUUGUUUUUUUUUGCCGGCGCUGGAGCGGUCGCGGUGCUUGCCGUGGGAGCGGGAGCCUUGCAUGCGCUGCAGGGCGCGCUGUGGCUGCGGCAGCUCGCUGGGGUGGCACCCGGCAUGGGGAAACGCACGGCGAGCCCCUCGCACCGCAGCCCUAAACGCCAGGGGAGCAGAGCAGCGGCACGCUUCAGCGCUGUGCAGAAGAGGGAGAGGAGGCGGCGUGCUGGAGCAUCCAGCGCAGGGGAAGGGAACGGCUCGGUGCACUCUUGCAGGCACCCAGGGGACCCGCAGAGUGCCUCUCCACCAGCUAAUUGUGCUGGCUAAAGUGCAGUGUAACGAGCCGGGGGGAGGAAGCGUGCCCUGCGGUACCACGUGCGGCUAAAGGCGUCUUCCAGCGGAGGUUUUCAUCCCUUGCUGCUUCUGCAACCGCCUCCAAAUCCGGUGCUGAGGAGCCGAGGCCUGCGAUGGUUUGGGAGUGAGAUCCAGCCGAUGCUCUGCUCCGAAAUCACCUGCUGCUGAGGACUGGGGACAGCUCGCCCUGCCGCUGCCACUUCUCCCUGCUCGGUGCCCGUUCAGCUCGGCUCUGCUCGGGGUUUGGUGCAGCUGCAGCAGUGGGUUUGGUGCUGCACGAGAGGACGGUGCCUCCCCCGUGCAUGCUCUAUAAAAAGUGCAGCGGCAGCACAGCCCUAUCUAUAGCAGCACGGCGAGGGAGCUGCCUGGAAGAGGCAGUGCAGGGAUAAGCCCCGAAUCUGCUGUUUUUUUCCCCAGUCCUGCUCGGGCAGUGGUGGCUGGGGCACUCCCAGCGCCCCAGUCUGUGCUCAGCAGGAUCUCCCUUCCAGCAGACGUGCCCUGCCUGUGCCAGCAUCUCCUGGCCGCCUGCACCCUCCCCAGCAGACUUUUCGUCGCGCUCUUCACCCAAAAGCUGAGCUCUCCCCAGCUCCCCCCAGCAUUUUUCCUGCUCUUCCUCAGGGCCGGGAUCCCUCCGCGCCACGUGCAGGCUCUGUGGGUCCCCACGGUGUCUGCGGUUGGGUCGGAUGCUCUGCUUUGGCACUGCGUGACGCCCACCUGGUGGCCUGGUCCCCUCGGCCACCCCCUGGGACCCCCCCCGGUGCCACACGUGAGCGUGUCCCCCAGCCCUCCCCGGGGCCACGCUGGCGAGGAUCGUGUCUCUUUAACGAGGCUGGGCUUGGAGCAGCCCUGGCUGCUGGCACAGGGAGCGAGGGAUGGAGCAGCGGCGGUGAAGCAGCCGGUGCCAGAGCAGGAGCUGCAGCAGGAGGGGCGGCAGCGGCACCGCUCGGCCCCGGGUGUGCAGACCCCCAGCCGAAGGGGAAGGGACCCCCCCCCCCCCGGGGCAGAGGCUUCGUACGGCUCCUUGGGGUGCUGAGCCCCUGUGUCAUCCUCGUCCUCCAGCCCGCGCCGAGGGACCAUGCCAGGUCUGUACGCGCUCUCCUCCUGGGAUGCUCUGCCCCUGAAGAGCUCCCGGGUGAAGGCUUGUGCCAACGGCUACGCCCUGAGCAUCGCCGCCCACCUCGUGUACACCAACCCCCGCGAGGAGCCCGUGGAAGGUGUCUUCAUCUACCCGCUGGAGGAGUCGGAGGUGGUGGCCGGCUUCGAGGCGGCGGCGGGCAGCCGGCGGGUCACCUUCCAGGUGCAGAGCCGGCACCGGGCGCAGGAAUGCUGCCUCGAGUGCCGCACCAGCCCCGGGCGGCCGCGACGCUGUGCCGGUGGCCACCUCGUCCUGGACGAAGACGCCGAGCGCUCCACCUUUGUCAUCAGCACGGGCUCGCUGGGCCCGGCCGAGAGCCUGGCCGUGACGCUGCGCACGGUGCAGGAGCUGCCCACGCUGCCGGGGGGGGCCCUGCGCCUCGUCCUCCCCCCGGUCCUCGCGCCUCGCAUCGCCGCCGCCCCCGAGCGUGAGAGCGAGCCGGGAAGCUUGUGUGACGACAGCCCCACCAGCUGUUUCGGGGGGCCCAGUGCACGGAGCCAGCCUUCCCCCGCGCCCCCCGUGGAGAGCACGGACGUCUUCUGGGGACAGGCCCGCAACCCCUUUCCUUACGAGUUCGCCUUCGAGCUGCUGGUGAAGGGCCCCUGCUUGCUGGCAGGCCUGGAGAGCCCGACCCAUGCUCUGCGUGCCGACGCCGACCCCUGGGCCACCUCCGCCACCACCACCUGUGUCACCCUGGCUGAGCGUCACCGCUACGACAGGGACGUGGAGAUCAUCCUCUACCCCUGCGAGCCCCACCAGCCCCACCUGGUGAUGGAGGAAGGCACCAUGAGCUACCCCGAGUACGAGGCGCACAUCCGGAGCCGCCGGGACUACGCGCGGAUAGCCAGGAAGGAUGGCAGCGGCGAGAGACAGGUGGCCUUUGUGCAGAAGCGUUUCCACAAAGACAUCUUCCCCAACCCCGUGCUGAUGCUCAACUUCUGCCCGGCGGUGGAGGCCGUCCCGGGGGACCUGCAGAGCGUCACCCGCGAGGUCCUCUUCCUCGUCGACCGCAGCGGCACCAUGAGCGGCCCCGACGUCGACAAGGUCAAGGAAGCUCUGCUGGUGGCCCUGAAGAGCCUCCCGUCGGGGACCCUGCUCAACAUCGCCGGCUUCGGCUCCGACGUCCAGCCGCUCUUCCCCUCCAGCCGCCUCUGCAGCAACGAGACGCUGCGCCGCGCCUGCCGGCACCUGGGCGAGCUGCGGGUGGCCACGGGCGGCCCCGACCUCCUGGCAGCGCUGAGCUGGGCGCUGGCGCAGCCCCUGCACCACGGCUACCCCCGGCAGCUCUUCCUCUUCACCGCGGCGGCGGCGGCGGGCGGCGCGGGCAGGAUCCUCCAGCUGGUGCGCCGGCAGGCCAGCACCGCCAGGUGCUUCAGCUUCGGCAUGGGCCCGCGGGCGUGCCGGCGGCUGCUGACGGCCAUGGCCAAGCUGAGCCGGGGCCGCGCCGAGUUCCUGAGCCCGGCCGAGAGGCUGCAGCCCAAGCUCAUCAAGUCCCUAAAGAAAGCGAUCGAGCCGGCCGUCAGCGACAUCACCAUCGACUGGUACGUCCCCGACAGCACCGAGGCCCUGCUCUCGCCCACCGAGAUCGCAGCCCUGUACCCCGGUGACCGGCUGGUCAGCUACUGCACCCUGUACAGCAUCGCCCGAUUCCGGGACCGGCGCCCGGCGGGCCGGGACAGGGCUCGCAGGGGCUCUGCUGUCCCCUUGCAGGAUGAGGUGCCCAGUCCCGGGGGGACGCGGCCGCCGGUGCCCGGGGAGCGCCGCGAGCUGCCCCGAGGCAGUGCAGGCUCUGGAGAGGCCUCCCUGGAGGUCUCGGCCGGAGGCACGGAGGAGUCGGAGCGGAGCACGGACCUCGUUUCGGGAGGAGACAUCUGGAAGCGGAUCUACCAGCCCUCCUACAUCCAGGAGCAGUACGUCCUGACGCACUGCUCCGUCAGCACCGACCGCAGCCAGGGGCUGCUCUCCCGCAGCUCCACCAGCAGCGAGUCCACCGGCUCCCGCGACGUGGCCCCCGAGGGAGGCUCCCCGGCCCCCGAUGCCGCCUCCCAGCAGGGCCAGAAGAGCCUGUCCCUGUGCGAGUCCUCCACCAAAUCCGCCCCGCUGCCCUCGGCCCCGGCCCCGGCUGGCGACAAGGUACCGGCGGCCCUGAGCACCGAGGAGCUGGCGCGGCGGCAGAAGGCUCUGGCGCGAGCCGCCCUGGCCGGCCGCAGCUUUUCCUCGCCGCACGGGGAGCUGGACGCACGGCGGCUCUGCCGGGCCCUGGAGAAGGUGUCGCAGAAGAGGAACCAGUCCCUGGAGGGGCGGCUGGACCAGCUGGGCCCCAAGACGCCGCUGCUGCAGCACAGCGUGGGGGAGUCGAAUAACCUGCUGUCACCCACCCACCUGGACUGGGACAUGCUGGUGGAGCCCUCCUACCUCUUCAGCGCGUCGCCCGAGGCGAGGGAGCCCAGCCAGGGAGAUCCCUGCCUGCCCCUGCGCUGCCACGUGGUGAUCCACGGGCUGCUGGCCGGCAAACCUGUGUCCUGGGAGGUGACGGCCUCGCUCGAGUCCCUGCUGCGGCCGCGGGACGGGACGGGCAGCGAGGAUCCCCCGCGACGGGCGGGCGUGGACGGGGAGAAGCCGCUGCACGGCUUGGCGGCACGCUCCGUCAUCCGGGACAGCGAGAAGGCGGCUCAGCGGGAGGCCGAGCUGGAGCAGGGUUUCGCCCGCCGGUUUCGCCUGAAAGCUAUGCAGACCAGCAAAGCCUGCAAUGUGCCUUCCCUCUACACCUGCGUGGUGCCCGUGGACGGAGCCACGCGGGCAGCGCUGCCGACGGCCCCGCAGGUGUGGGGCACAGCGGGCACGGCCGGGAGCUGGCGGCACCGGAGCGGCUCAGCGAGCCUGGGCCAGCAGCGGGACGUGGAGGAGCAGGAGGAGGCUCUCAUCGGCGCAGAGAGGGACGAGGUCCCCGGGUCUCCAGCCAGUGUCUCCUCCACCACCUCGGGCUGGGAAAAGCAGAACGGCACUAACGGGCCUCCAACCAGCCCCUCCACCUCCUCCAUGGGCUCCCAGAAAUCCACGGAGAGCAUCGCUGGCUCCAGGUUCAGCCUGAGCCGGCGCAGGGGGCCCAGCCUGGCGCUGCGCCCGCACUGCCUCAGCCCCGAGAGUGAGCGCUCCAGCGCCAGCGCCAGCCACGACUACCUCCCGCUGGUGCAGCUGCAGCAAGCCCGGGGGCCCUUCCAGCUCACCGAGAGCUUCUCCGAGGUGGUGCAGAUCCCCCUGGACCGCCUGCGCCGGGCCUCCCCCUAUGCCUCCCACCGCGCCAGCCUCAGCCCCACGUCCCCGGUGGCCAAGAGCAGCCCUGGGGCAGGACCCUCUGCCGAGGAGCCGCCGGCGGCAGCCCCCGAGCCCAGCUCGCCCCCGUCCCACAGCACCUGCUCCGAGGUGCCCAGCGCGGCCGUGUGGGCGCAGGCGGACAGCGGGCACGGCUCCGAGUCCGACACCGGCCCCCACUCGGCCGCCCCCUCCGAGGCCGGCCUCAGCUGGCAGGACGCGGGCCCGGAGGACCUGGAGAGCGCCAGCUGGGCCACGGCGGUGGCCCUGGCAUGGCUGGAGCACCGCUGCGCCGGCUUCUUUGAGGAGUGGGAGCUGGUGGCGGCCAAGGCGGACGCGUGGCUGCAGGCGCAGCGGCUGCCCGAGGGCGUGGAUGUGGGCUGCCUCAAAGGGGCAGCCAGGCACUUGUUCCUGCUGCUGCGUCACUGGGACGAGAACAUCAAGCUGAACAUGCUGUGCUACAACCCCAACAACGUGUGAUGGCCCCGGGGUGGGGGGGGCAAUAAAGACGCCUGGCUCCG